AUGGGUAAUUUGCAAAGCGAUUCGAAAGGCCAAAAGGGGGCAAGGGCCCAAUCACGUGGUAAGGGUCUUAUGAAGACCUUUAAUAAAAAAUCUCCCGCCAAAGAAAGUCAAAAAACGAUAUUAUCGAAAAAGUCGCAACAAUCGUUCGUGAGUCUGGUCUCGGAGGCCGAAGCCAGCGCGGACGCACCCGAGCGGAUAACGGUUCAGUCUGCAGGGUCAACACACGCACAAGAAGUCUCUUUUGAAUGUGUUGGUGUUACGAGCAAAGACAGCGAAGGGAAAGAAGCGGACGAUCCGGCAUCGAAAGAUGAAAAAACUAUUGAAAACACUGGAUUUAUUGUGACAGAUUCGUGGAAAGAAGUCGGAAAAUAUUGUGGCACUAAUAUAAAACAAACACCUACAACUGACGAAUCGAGUUCCGAUUCCAUUUUCACCGAUCCUCAAACACCUGUAGGAUUCGAAGCCGAAAUUAACCAGUGUUAUUAUUCUCGUGAAAGUGUUGACGAUGGACAGAUAGUGCUUAAUUUAAAUCCGGAAGAAACAAUGAGACGGAAUAAAGUGGGCAUUUUAGGUGCCAAUGAAAAAUCAGAGAAAAGUAGUUUGUUGGAAUCUCAUUUGAGUACUGACUCAAAGGAAAACACCAAAAAUUUUUCUGCACCGUUUACUGUCUCGAGACAUAAAAAAGUUGAAUUAACUUCGACGAAAUUAUCAGACAGCAGUAGUACUGCACCAGAUACAACUAAAGAAGUGAAAAGGCAUGCAUCAGUUGGCGGAGAACAGGGUUUUGGAGACAAUUCCUCAAAUGUUUUGCGAAAGGUAGCAUCGCUGACCUUAGACCGAGCAACCACCGAGUCUAAGGUCGCUAAAACAAGAUUAGUUCCCGACAAAUUGGACCUUAGGUCUUGCGAAAAAUUUGAAGAAGAAAAAAUCUUAGGUGAUGAGUCUCUUAAAAAGCAUGCUUUAAACACUUAUUUAAGCAGUAAAAUUAGUUACAACAGAACAACACCUGAUGUUCGAAGUCCUAAAUGUAAAUCCAAGAUAUUUGAUGGUGUUCUUCCAACUGUGAGUGUAAUAAUUAUAUUUCACAAUGAACCAUAUUCAGUAUUAAUGAGAACGAUAUGGAGUGUGUUGAAUACAUCACCUAGCAACAUUUUAAAAGAAAUAAUUUUAGUGGAUGAUGCAAGCACUGAUACAGAAUUGCAAGGCAAACUUAGUUAUUAUAUUAAGACAAGAUUUUCUAAAAAUUUACUCAAACUUAUUCGAUUAGAAAACAGAUCAGGUCUUAUCCGAGCAAGAUUAGCUGGAGCAAGAUUAGCCCGAGAAGAAGUUAUUAUAUUUCUUGAUGCCCAUUGUGAAGCUGUCACUCAGUGGUUGGAACCUCUAGUUCAUCGGAUUCGAGAAUCCCCAACAAGUGUGCUUGUGCCCAUAAUUGAUGUAAUAGCUUCUGAUACUCUUAAAUACAGCAAUAAUGGAGACUUUUUCCAAGUAGGAGGUUUUUCUUGGAAUGGUCAUUUCACAUGGAUUGACAUUCCUGAUAGAGAAGUAAGACGAAUAAGAAAAUUAGAGAAUAGUAAAAAGAGCAAGUCUGAUGAUCGUCAUGGAAUUACAUCCCCCACUUUUUCUCCAACUAUGGCAGGUGGUCUUCUAGCGAUUUCAAGAAAAUAUUUCUGGGAAAUAGGUUCAUAUGAUGAACAAAUGGAUGGUUGGGGUGGUGAGAACUUAGAAAUGUCUUUUAGAAUUUGGCAAUGUGGGGGUACAAUAGAGACUAUCCCUUGUUCUAGGGUUGGACAUAUAUUUAGAGAUUUUCAUCCUUAUCAAUUUCCAAAUGACAAAGACACGCAUGGAAUAAAUACAGCUCGACUUGCUUUGGUUUGGAUGGAUGAAUAUUCUGAUUUGUAUUUCUUACAUAGACCAGAUUUGCGGUAUCAUCCAGAUAUUGGGGAUUUAACACAUAGAAAAACUUUACGAAAAAAAUUAAAAUGUAAGUCAUUUAAAUGGUAUUUGAAAAAUGUCUAUCCAGAUUUAUUUGUUCCAACAGAGCAUUCGAAAUAUUAUGGUAUGCUGAUGAACAAUGCUAUGCAGUUGUGCUUAGAUAAUUUACAACAUAGUUCUGAUAGCAUAUUUAAAAUGGGUGUUUAUACUUGUCAUAAUACUGUUAAACCUAGUCAGAUGAUUGCUCUAACACACAAAGGAAUUUUAAGAACUUUUGAGAGCUGUGCUAAUAUCAAAAGCAGUGCUGAUGAUAAUGAACAUAAAGUCACAAUGUCUCCCUGCAUGAGUCGUGAUAGAGAUCAAAAAUGGGAGUAUACGAAAGACAAACAAAUUCGAAAUAUAGCUUCAAAUUUAUGCCUUGAUGCCGGACGAUUAAAAUCCCAAGACUUUGUAUAUGCAGCUAAAUGUACCGAUUCAAAAACCCAAAAAUGGGUAUUUGAAUUGACAACUUUAUAAUUUUAUUGGUGAUAGAUAAUUUGAUAAUAAAGUUUUAUAAAGAAA